UUCUUUCUCUCUGUUUCUUCCCGAUAAGAUCAUUACCCAUUUUGAUUUUUUCAGCUCAACUUUGAAAGUGAAAUCAUGGGUUCGUUUCAGAAUCAAUGAAUACCAUAAUGGGGGAAGAGAAAUCGAAAGAACAACUACAGUCGCCGGAAUCAAGUCUCCGGCGGGCCAUUGGGGUUGUUUCUUCUUUAAUUUCACUUUCGCAUUCCAUCAGGGUUUUCACUGUUAAAUGGAACUUGAUUCGGAGCAAGCUAGAGGAGCUGAAUUCGGGGUUAAUUGACAUCGAGAACUGCAACUCUGUCAAGAACGCGGAGCUUACCGGCUUGAUUCCGUCUAUUUUGGUCACCGCAAGCCAGUGUUCUGAUCUUGCAAGAAGAUGCGUGGAUCUUUCGUACAGUGGGAAGCUCUUGAUGCAGAGUGACCUUGAUGUAAUGGCCGCGAAAUUCGAUCGCCACGUGAAGAAUCUAUCUGGGAUUUAUACGGCUGGGAUUUUGACUCACGGAUUCGCCAUUGUUGUGUCUCGCCCCGGCGCCGGCGCUUGCAAAGAAGACAUGAGGUUUUAUAUUAGGGAUUUGCAGACGAGAAUGAAAAUCGGCAAUGGGGGAGGCCGGAUUCAUACCGGAGCUAGUUAGAUUUCUUGAUGCAAGAUCAUUUGAGGUCCGAGAUAUGGCAACCGAAGCACUGUCUGCAUUGGUCUCAGUCCCAAAAAACCGAAAAAUCUUCAUUCAAGAUGACAGAAACAUCUGCUUUGUUCUUCAAUUACUGGAUCAAGAGGAGCGAAAUUCAGGUAACAAAAUGCUCUUGCUCUCUAUACUAAUGUCAUUAACAAGCUGCAACAGUGGAAGAAGGAAAAUUGCAGCUUCUGGGUACCUCAAAAACAUAGAAAAACUUGCAGAAGCUGAAGUCUCUGAUGCCAAAAGAAUAGUCAGGAAAUUAUCCAAAAACAGAUUCCGCAGCAUUAUCAGUGGAAUCUGGCGUUCUUAAAUGGAAUCUCCUCCUCCCCACCCCCUCCCCCCAAAAAUCACUGUAUAUUUACAUACAUUGUCUGCAAAUUUUGUUUCCUUGACUUUAAUUUCUUCUCCAACCUUGAAAAAAAAAAAAAGGAAUGAAAAAACAGUUUUUUCAUUUUUUCUUGUUUUAGCUUGUAAUCAUAGGAAUAUCUAAUAAAACCCGUUCAUAGAU